GAGGGCAGCGAUAUAUUGGCCGCCGGCCCAGAGACGUCCUCAGUGGUCUCACAGUGGUGGUCAGACGACAGAGCGGUGUCCAAGACUACACGAUGGCGGCGAGACGGGCUCUCCUUGUGUGCGCGCUGCUGGCGAUCGUCAGCUCCAGCCUCGGCUCUCAGUUCGGAUCUGUGGAUGGGACGACCACUGAGCCUCCGUCGUUCCAAUGCAACUCCGAGUACGGCCUGUUUCCCGACCCGGACAACUGCCACGCCUUCUACGAGUGCAACGAGUUCAUCCCGUUCCACUUCGACUGUCCGGACAACCUGGCCUGGAACGACGCCGCGCACAUGUGCGACUACGACCCGACUUGCAAGUAGAUGACUGAAAACGAAGAACGGAAGAUCGCCUGACUUUACUGGAUCAUCAGCAACUUUGUGUGAAUGACACACAGCCGUCGCCUGCUUUAAACGGCUUUGGUUAUAGCGGCUGACGCUGAAUUGUCAGCUCGCGUAUUUAUAGCUCCGUGAGGCAGAACGGCUCUGUUUCUUAGAGUCAGACGAUAUUAUUGUGAAAAUAAGCGGUUUUGUGCUGAAGAGCCCUUUGAAAACCCAAAGUUUCAGCGUGAUAAAGGCAGGCAUGUAACUACGACGACGACAUAAUAAACUUUUACAUAUA